UCUUAUUCAGAGCAAGUUUGCUUUCAAGGAUAAUCUUGUGAACUGCCAUCCUCCUUUGCGAGCUCACAUCCUACUUUAGUGAGUUUAAAAUUAGUGUGGAGGGUCUAUUUAUUCGUCGUCUAUCUCAAGUUGACGCCAAUUCUUGACAGGGGACAUAUAGACGCUGUGAUGGAACUAUUGAGAUGAAACUUUCGAGAGGAGUAUUGCUUUAAUUUUACAAUAGAGAGAUGAAUCUUACAGUGUUGAAAUUGGCUGUUUCUGCCGGUUCCUUCAUCAUGUGUCUUUCCUUAAUUUUCACUGAUGUGUGCCUUUUGGGUCGACAAAAUUGUUUUCCGAGCGAAAAGAGCUUCCAGAAAAAGCUUCUUGGCUCAUUGGAGCGACUGUCUUUUCUGGAGUCAGGCGGAACCCUCGAUCUUGACGAAAAGAUAUUUGACAUGCCAAAAGGACUAAACCACCACGUUUGGGAAUACAACUGUUUGAAGAGCAUUGAAGCACUCUGUAAUUUUCCAGUCUUUCCCAAAGCACCGGAUAAAAGAGGAAUAAUAUCACGAACAGAGAUCACUACUGUGAGCCGUCGCCGCGUAGAUGGCCAUCGUUUACUUGGGUAUUUGGUUCCAAAUUUUUCAGGCGAAUAUCUCUUCGCGGUGACAUCGAAUGGCUUUGCUGAAGUCUGGCUGAGCUCUGAUAAAGCCUGGAGGUCGGCAAACCAGAUUGCUUACAUCAGGCAAACUGAUUUAAAAUCUACAAUCAAAAGGUGGGACUUUGAGGCCGUAAAAUCUCAGAUUUCCGCUGGAGUUUAUUUAGAGGCAAGAAAACGAUAUUUCAUUGAGAUUGUCUACUCUCUUGGAGUGCGAAAAAGAGGCGAGAACUUUCUGCAAGUCGCCUGGAAACGACCAGGGAAAUCCACGUUUGAGAUUAUUGAGAGCGAAUCACUUUCGCCGUAUACAAAUGACAGUGAGAAGGACAAGUACAAAAUCUAUGACGAUCAUUUACCUAAAGCUCACUAUUGUGCAAAAUAUCAGAGAAGCUUCGCAAACAAAUAUAUGAGGUCAGAGCCAUAUCCUAGCUUAGACAAUUCCGCGGUUAGUAGUGCCUUACCAUUUUGUGACUACAAUCCCAGCUACGUUCUCAAUCCCACUCAAUUAAAUGGGUUUGAAAAAUACCAUGGUGUAAAAAAACAUAUUCGUAAAACGUACGGUUACCCAUAUCCAAAUGUUGACGGCAUUAUCAGAAGUCACACGGCCCAUACCGUGUUUUUGGCUGAGGAUCCAUUAGAAGAAGAGGAAGCAUGGUCUGUGGUUGAGACGUACAUGGAAGCUGUGGAAAAAAGCUAUCCUGGGAAAUACGAACUUGAGGAUAUCAUUCGCGUUGAAAAAAAGGAGGAUCUUAUAAAAGGAAACAGAUAUCUUCUGGAGCUUGCUGUGAAAGAUCUCACCAACUUUGACGGCUAUAUUUUAGCGGAGUAUGUAUUUGAACCGAAGGAUAAAAAUGAACCAUUGUGUUAUCCCAGAGGUCUACAAUGGAAUAGAACAGCGGAUGUCUACCUGAUUCUCACGGUCAAAAACCUGGGUCGGUGGGUUCAUCAUUUUAUCAAGAACGUGGAAGAAAUUAUACGAGAUACGAAAGAUGAACAUUUACACGUGGUUAUAUUUGACUUCGAUAGCCCAGAUAUUGACUUAGAGCAUACUUUGAGAAGAAGCAAUCUGAAGAACUAUCAUUAUAUCUCAAAGCCUGGUAAUUAUUCGCGCACAGUUUCCUUAAUGGAAGGUAUACAGUUAAUAGAUGAUCCUGAGGCCAUUGUAGUAACCAUUGACUUACAUCUCGAUAUCGGUAGUCAGAUGAUUAACGACAUACGUAAGCAUUGUAUUAAAGGAAGGACCGUCUAUGCUCCCCAAAUCAUCUUUCUAAAUUGUGGUGGAAGCAGUGCUCUUCCCAGAGGCUCAUGGUACCAUUACAGUUAUGGAACAGUUGCUAUGUAUAAAGAGGACUGGGAAACAUUUGGAGGCUUUUCACAAGGUUUUGUCAACAAAACCACCUGGGGAGGGGAGGACUGGGACAUAAUCGACGGCGCAGUCAAGAAUGGCCUUGAAGUAGAAAGGAAACGAUCACCGUUGGUCUAUCAUUAUUACCACACUAAAAAUGGAAUGUGGCAAUUGUAGGAAUUAGUUAGUUAUUGACAAAGCUUGACGCCAUGGGAACGAGGAACGAGGUUUAUUAUCCAGCUAGCCUCAAACCAGUCUGCCGCCACCUCAACUGACAGGAGGAGACUGGUGGAAAGGGUUGGGGAAACGAACUCGUGCGUGGUGCGUGAUUGUCAGAAACCCCAGCUUCUGCUCCUCGCAAUUGUAAAUAUGCACAGUGCUCGUCAAUAAGCUUGAUUUUUAAAAAAGCGAGAACUGAAUCAUUUUCUUAGUAUGGUUUUUAACUUGUACAGUUGGUCUGAUGAAUAUAGCUGAGCAUAUUAGAGAGAGACAUCCUUGAUCGCCACUAGGGACCUUAAGAAACCACGACGGCGACGGCAACGAGGACGUGGAAAAACAAGAGAUCUAAUUGGCAGAACAAU